CUACAAGCCGCAGAGAAUGGUAGAGAAUUUCAUGGCCGUAUUGGUCGCGUUGCAUCAGCGAGUGCAAUGUUCAUCUAUUUUCGGGCAUUUUGCAGUGGCGAAUGUCCUCUGACCGACCAGUGAUUUAUUGUUUGUAAAAUGGCCGAGCCAGAACAAAGGAGCAAAGAAAAUUGUACCGCGGGAUCGAAGGAAACGAUGGUGAAGCAAGAAAAGCGUGAGAACACGUUGACGAAUGGCGGGAAGGGAUCUGGCGAUGACGCGGACAGCCUCGAAGAACUGCCUCUCGAUAUAGGCGAACACUAUCUCGUUCGCAGAUCCGAUGAUUCCUGGCAUCCUGCAGAGAUUAUACAAACUCGGUAUAACGACAGCGAAGGUCACUACGAGUAUUAUGUACAUUACGAAGGACAUAAUAGAAGAUUGGAUGAAUGGGUGCAAAGGGACAGAAUCAUGUCCAGCAGGUUUGACAUGAGCGACAGAAGCUGGAAGAGCGGUGACAGAAACUCUAGCACUGAUUUAUUGGCGGACUCUACGGAUCGUAAAAUCACAAGGAAUCAGAAGAGGAUACACGAUGAAAUCAAUCAUGUACAAAAGACAUAUGCAGAAAUGGAUCCCACGACAGCAGCUUUAGAAAAGGAACACGAAGCUAUAACAAAAGUUAAAUAUAUUGACAAAAUUCAAAUUGGAAAGUACGAAAUCGAUACAUGGUACUUUAGCCCGUAUCCAGAAGAGUACGGCAAACAGCCUAAACUAUGGAUAUGCGAAUACUGCUUGAAAUACAUGCGUCUCGAGAAAACGUAUAGGUAUCACAUGAGCGAAUGUACUCACAGGCAGCCAGUCGGGAAAGAAAUAUAUCGCAAAGGCACAUUGAGCAUCUGGGAAGUCGACGGCAGAGAGCAUAAAAUCUACUGUCAAAAUUUAUGCUUAUUGGCAAAAUUAUUCUUAGAUCACAAAACUCUAUAUUUCGAUGUAGAACCAUUUCUUUUUUAUAUUCUCUGCGAAGUUGAUAAACACGGAGCUCAUUUGGUUGGCUACUUUUCAAAGGAGAAAGAAUCACCCGACGGCAACAAUGUCGCUUGUAUAUUAACUUUACCACCGUUUCAAAGACAAGGCUAUGGAAAACUUCUGAUAGCUUUCAGCUACGAACUGAGCAGAAUAGAACAGGCAGUUGGUAGUCCCGAAAAACCAUUAAGCGACUUAGGAAAGUUAUCGUACAGAAGCUACUGGAGCUGGAUUCUUUUAGAAAUCUUAAGAGAUUUUCGUGGCACCCUUAGCAUUAAAGACUUGAGUCAGAUGACGAGUAUUUCGCAGACGGACAUCAUAUCGACGUUGCAGAGCAUGAAUAUGGUUAAAUAUUGGAAGGGGCAGCAUGUGAUCUGCGUGACACCCAAACUAGUCGAAGAACACAUUAAAAGUAGCCAGUACAAGAGACCACGGCUGACAGUGGACAGCAGCGCGCUUAGAUGGGGAGCACCGCCACGAAAAAACGUGAAACCUGGCAAGAAGUAGUGGAAAGCAGAUGGAAACUGAAUGAUCUUUGCUACCGUGAUAUUCACGACUUAACACAUUUAACCAAACUUGAAAAACGGCUUUCCGCGAUAGUUUGGAAAAUGGUCUCGAAUUUGUUAUACAUCUUAUCCGUGAUGCAUUACAGUCUCUACUAAAUACGCACUGUAUGCGCGAGUCUCGGUAUUUGUUCAGAAGAUGACACGGAUGAACAUGUUUUAGCUUCGUUAAUCUUUCGGAGUGUAGGGACGACGAGAGAUAUUUCAAGGUUUCCCUUACACUUCUGCUUUUUCUGGAAACAUUCUGAAAAAGGAGCGGAGCGACGCAAUGAAAUACCAUGUAUUCGUUUGACAAUGAAGGAAGCGCUUUAGUUACGUUCAAGAUUCGUCGACUUUAACGCGCAACCAUGCAUCGUGUUGCACAUAAAAAUUACCAUAAUUAUACCACCCAGUAUUAGCGCGUAUUAACGACUUUCUUGUAAAUUCGUUAAUAAUAAAUCGCAUAUAUUCACGAACAA